AUGGUGAUGGGUGCAACAUCUUUAGAUCUAGAUGAGAUCAGAAAGGCACAGAGAGCUGAUGGACCCGCAGGCAUCUUGGCCAUAGGCACGGCUAAUCCAGCGCACCAUGUGAUCCAAGCCGAGUAUCCUGACUACUACUUCCGCAUCACCAACAGUGAACACAUGACCGACCUUAAGGAGAAGUUCAAGCGCAUGUGCGACAAGUCCAUGAUCCGGAAAAGGCAUAUGCACUUGACCGAAGAGUUUCUCCAAGACAACCCGAAAAUGUGUGCUUACAUGGCUCCUUCUCUUGACGCUCGUCAAGACAUUGUGGUGGUUGAGGUCCCUAAGCUAGGCAAAGAAGCUGCGGUUAAAGCCAUCAAGGAGUGGGGUCAACCCAAAUCCAAGAUCACUCACCUCGUCUUUUGCACCACUUCCGGUGUCGACAUGCCUGGUGCGGACUACCAACUCACCAAGCUCCUCGGUCUCCGACCUUCCGUCAAGCGUCUCAUGAUGUACCAACAAGGUUGCUUCGCCGGUGGGACCGUCCUCCGUCUCGCUAAGGACCUCGCCGAGAACAACCGUGGUGCUCGUGUCCUUGUCGUCUGCUCCGAGAUCACUGCCGUUACAUUCCGUGGUCCUUCCGACACGCAUCUAGACUCUCUUGUCGGCCAGGCUCUCUUCAGUGACGGUGCAGCUGCUCUCAUCGUUGGUUCGGACCCGGACACUUCCGUGGGAGAGAAGCCUAUCUUUGAGAUGGUGUCUGCGGCUCAGACCAUCGUUCCAGACUCUGACGGAGCCAUAGAUGGACACUUGAGGGAGGUCGGGCUCACUUUCCAUCUCCUGAAAGAUGUUCCCGCGCUUGUCUCAAAGAACAUAGGGAAGAGUUUAGACGAAGCGUUUAAACCAUUGGGAAUAAGUGACUGGAACUCUCUCUUCUGGAUAGCUCACCCUGGAGGUCCGGCCAUAUUAGACCAAGUUGAGAUCAAGCUAGGUCUAAAAGCAGAGAAGAUGAGAGCGACACGUCACGUGUUGAGCGAGUAUGGAAACAUGUCAAGCGCGUGUGUUCUCUUUAUACUUGAUGAGAUGAGGAAGAAGUCGGUGGAAGAUGGUGCAGCCACGACAGGUGAAGGGUUGGAGUGGGGAGUCUUGUUCGGAUUCGGACCAGGACUCACUGUUGAGACAGUCGUCUUGCACAGUGUUCCUGUCUGA